AUGGCGGCUACGGUGGCGCAUUCGCAGGCGCUUCCGCCGGGGCUUCAUCCAUUGCAGGUGGCGGCUAUGAGGGCUGCCGCUAACGGGCAGCAGCAACAGCAGCAACAAUCGCAGCAAUCACAACAGAGAGAUUUUAAUGAUGAGCCCUUCGAUGUGACGUCUAGAAAGUUGACUGUGAGCGACCUUGUUCGUGUGAGGACAUUAGGAACAGGGACCUUUGCCCGUGUUUGCCUCGUGCGGCCGUCCCAUGGCACCGAAGCCGAUCGCAGCAAGGUGUAUGCGCUCAAGAUACUCCGGAAAACCGAGGUAAUUAAGCUGAAGCAGAUUGACCACGUGCGCCAUGAACGCCAAAUUCUGGCCGAUGUGAGAGGGCACCCCUUUAUAACGAACUAUGUUGCCUCCUUUUCGGACCACGAAUUCCUCUACAUCCUCCUCGACUACGUACCCGGUGGCGAACUCUUCACCUACCUGCGCAAGUUCCGCCGCUUCGACGAGGACAUGGCCCGCUUCUACGCCGCCGAGAUCGUCCUAAUCCUUGAACACUUGCAUGAGCACCAAGGAGGGAUAGCCUACCGGGACAUGAAACCCGAAAACCUCCUACUCGACGGCGAGGGCCACAUCAAGCUCGUCGACUUUGGUUUCGCCAAGCGCUUAGGAAAUAACGAAUCCGGCCACCCGGUUGAAACCUACACUCUGUGCGGCACACCCGAGUACCUCGCGCCGGAGGUGAUCCAUAACAAGGGCCACACCACCGCGGUCGACUGCCCACCCCACCCCCCUAAACCCCGUCCCUUCCCGCCCUCACCAUCCCACCCUAACCAUCCCACCCCGCGCGCAGAAUCGUCGAAAAGGCCCAUCGUCUUCCCGCAAGAACCCGUCAUCAGCGACGCCGCCAAGGACAUUCAUCCGGCCAGUUUUGCCACGUUCGACCGGUUCCGGCGGCCUCGGUUAAAUUUUGGGGGGGCGCCGCCAGAGUUCAAGGCGCACCCCUUCUUUGCCGGGGUUCGACUGGGGACGCCGUCUACCAGAAGCGCCACCGAGGCCCCAUCAUCCCCCCGGGUUAGGUACCCCGGCGAUGCCCAGUGCUUCGACAUUUACCCCGAGGAGGACGCCCAUAAGGACGAGUACACCGACGAGAUGGUCGGCAAGUACGAUGCGUACUUUAAAGACUUUUGA